UAUAUUGCGGUAAGGUGUGACACUUCUAAGAAAACGAGAAACUUUCAGGAAAAGCUGUUGAACAUUAGAUUAUUUUUUUUUCAAUACAAUUUUGAGGAUGAGGGCUCAGAUCCAAAAAGUUCCUCAGAUUGUUGAGUUGCUGAAGAAGAAGUCAGUCGGGCUGCAGCACUUCAAGCCCACCUCGUCAGUGUGCGUGCUGGAGGAGAAGGAUGCUGUGAGUGUGGAGGCUGCGCGCUGUCCUCACGCUGCCUCCAGAGGAGCGCGCGGCCUGGACGAGAUACCCGGACCCACCAACUGGCCGCUCGUGGGCAGUCUGGUUCAACUCCUCCGGAAAGGAGGUCUGACGAGACAACACGAGGCACUGGUUGAUUAUCAUAAGAAAUUCGGCAAGAUUUUCCGGAUGAAGCUGGGCUCCUUUGAGUCGGUGCACAUUGGCGCACCUUGCCUUCUGGAGGCGCUCUAUAGGAAGGAGGGAAACUACCCUCAGAGGCUGGAGAUCAAACCCUGGACAGCAUACAGAGACAUGAGAGACGAGGCGUACGGACUCCUCAUUCUAGAGGGUAAAGACUGGCAGAGAGUGAGGAGCGCCUUUCAGCAGAAACUCAUGAAGCCCACAGAGGUGGUGAAGCUUGAUCGCAAAAUAAAUGAGGUGUUGAUGGACUUCGUUGGCAGAAUUGGACAAAUAAACGUCAGUGGAAAGAUUGAAGACUUGUACUUCGAACUGAACAAAUGGUCGUUUGAGACCAUCUGCCUCGUCCUCUACGACAAGAGAUUCGGUCUCCUGCAGGAGAAAGUCAACGAGGAAGCCAUGAACUUCAUCACCGCCGUGAAAACAAUGAUGAGCACGUUUGGCAUGAUGAUGGUCACGCCGGUAGAGCUCCACAAGAGCCUCAACACCAAAACGUGGCAGGACCACACAGCAGCAUGGGACCGCAUCUUCAGCACAGCCAAAGUCUACAUAGACAAGAAGCUGAAGAGAAACGCCGAAAGAGCUCCGGACGACCUCAUCGGUGACAUCUUACACCAAAGCUGUCUCUCUAAGAAGGAGCUGUACGCCGCCAUCACAGAGCUGCAGAUCGGAGGAGUUGAGACGACUGCCAACAGUAUGCUGUGGGCUAUUUUCAACCUGUCACGUAACCCCGGAGCUCAGAGGAAGUUGCUGGAGGAGAUUAGAGCGGUGGUGGCUCCCGACCAGGACCCGUGUGGAGAGCACAUCAAGACCAUGCCCUACCUCAAGGCCUGCCUCAAGGAGUCCAUGAGGUUAUCGCCGUCAGUCCCGUUCACCAGCAGGACUCUGGACAAAGACACUGUGUUGGGAGAUUAUGCCAUUCCCAAAGGAACAGUAUUAAUGAUAAACAGCCACGCACUGGGCUCCAACGAGGAGUACUUUGACAACGGGAAGCAGUUCAAACCUGAGCGCUGGCUGCGGGAGAACAACACCAUCAACCCCUUCGCCCACGUUCCCUUCGGUAUCGGGAAGAGGAUGUGCAUCGGCAGACGGCUGGCAGAGCUGCAGCUACAGCUGGCCAUGUGCUGGUUGGUCAGAGAUUAUGAGAUCGUGGCAACAGAUAAUGAGCCGCUCGACAUGAUCCAUUCAGGACUUUUGGUCCCCAACAGAGAACUUCCCGUUGCCUUCAUCAAGAGAUGAGGCUGCAUAUUCACCUCUUGUGGACGUAGUGACAGAAAGAUGAUACCUCUGUUGCCUUGGCCCUGAUGGUCCAGUGACUCCUUGUAUUGCUGCUCUGUAAAUAGAAAAAAAGAAACAGAAAUUAUUAUACAUGUAAUCAUGCCAUGAAUACCUCAGACUUAUUUAAAACUAUUACUUAUGACUGAUAAUGACUGACCGAAAUACCAGUUGUUAUGUACAAAUUGAAUGUUGUACCAAGGCAGCUGUGUAUGUAAAUGUCUAACUGUUGCUUUUCCUUGUUUAAUAACUAUCUAUAUAACUAUAUAUAUAUAUAUAUAAGUCAUGCAUAUGUUUAUUUUUCAUUGUGUAUAUAAAGUGCCAUUAUAAUAUUGUGAUAUUGUACAUUGUUUUAUGUAGAGACAUAUUUUAUUCACUGAAAUAAAAGCAUUCAUGAAUGUAU